CUCCAGAGCGUCGUCAAGGUGUUCACGGUGCACUCGUCCCCGAACUACUUCCAGCCGUGGCAGAACAAGCCCCAGCGGGAGACCUCGGGCAGCGGCGUCGUCGUCGCCGCGCCCGUCCCCGGCGGCGUCGGCAUCCUCACCAACGCGCACGUCGUCGCCGACCAGACCUUCGUGCAGGUCCGCAGGCACGGCAGCAGCGUCAAGCACAGGGCCCGCGUCCACGCCGUGGGGCACGCGUGCGACCUCGCCGUCCUCGCCGUCGACGACCCGUCCUUCUGGGCGGAGGGAUCCGCCUCCGAGCACCCCCCCGCGCCGCUGUCGCUCGGGGAGACGCCGCACCUGCAGGACCAGGUCACCGUCGUGGGAUUUCCCCAGGGGGGCGAUAACCUGUCCAUAACGUCCGGCGUGGUGUCGAGGAUCGAGCUGACCAACUACGCCCACGGCGCCGCGCAGUUACUCGCCAUCCAGCUCGACGCCGCGAUCAACCCGGGUAACAGCGGCGGACCAGCGCUGGGCGCCGACGGCGCCGUGGUCGGCCUCGCGUUCCAGAACCUGGCGAACGCGGAUAACAUCGGGUACGUCAUACCCACGCCCAUCAUUCGCAGGUUCCUGGAGGACGAAGAGAAGGCUAUCCACCACGCGGGAUUUUGCUCGCUAGGGAUCAAGUGCCAGCCCACGGAUAACCCCGCGAUGCGUCAGUACCUCGGGAUGGAGGGCGACGAGACCGGGGUGUUGAUCACCGAGGUGUUGGAGCUGGGUCCUGCCGCGGGGCACCUGAAAAAAGACGACGUGCUCAUGGAGGUUGACGGAAAAAAGGUGGCAAACGACGGCACGGUGAGCUUCCGCGGAUGGGAACGCGUGGCGUUCGACUACCUCAUCUCGCUGAAGCGCCCCGGGGAGACGGUGGAGGCGAAAAUCAGGCGAAAAACGGAGGCGUUCACGGCGUCGUUCGCGGUCAAACCCCGCGCGCCGCUCGUUCCCGUGCACCAGUACGACAGGUUACCCUCGUACUACGUCUACGCCGGGCUGGUGUUCUCGCCGUUGACCCAGCCUCACCUGCAGGAGUUUGGGGACGACUGGUUCAACACCGCUCCGAGGCGGCUGGUCGACAGGGCUCUUAACGACCACCCAACCUCCCCGGGCCAGGAGGUUGUCAUCCUCUCGCAGGUGUUGGCGGACGAGGUCAACGCGGGGUAUCAGGGGAUGCACGACCUAGAGGUCAGGGCGGUGAACGGGAGGGAGGUGAAGAGUCUGAGGGAGCUCAAGGCGGAGGUGGAGAAGGGGACGGGGGCGAAGGGGGGAAAAUUCCUCAGGCUCGACUUUGUCAACGACAGGGUGCUGGUGAUAUCGAGGGAGGAGGCGGAGCGCGCGCACGGUAGGAUCAUGGCGAAGCACAGGGUGCCGUCGAGGAUGUCCCCGGAUCUGGUAG